AAAACCAAAGCAAUGAGCUUGGAGUCUGUGAUCGUCUGUCUAUCCCAGAAAUGCUUAUGUGCCUUUGUUAUCUGAGAUGAAGAUAAGGUUCUUUAGUUGCAGAUGAGCUUUUUGGAAGUACUAGAAGUUUUUUGUGAGAGUAGGAUGCAUGUGUUUGGUGGUUUAGACUGAAGGUGUGAAGCACAUGCAUAAACUAAAAGUUUAUUACACCUGUCAUUAAUUUUUUUUUUGCAGAAGGAUGACAACCUUGCUUUUUUGUGUAACAGACUUUACUUAUGAAUGGGAGCAUUGGUCCUGAAAUCUGUAUGUGUGUGAACUUUGCACUGUCAGCUAACUUUCCUAAAUGCUACUGUGUAGACAAGCUCUUGGAACAAAUGCUGUUUCCAAUGAAGUAAAACUUGGUACAGCUGAUCUAGUGACGUAUAAGCCUGGAUUAAAAUGGAAAGCAUUGUGAGUUCACCCGUGCCUUGCAGGCAGGAUCAUAUGUUUUUCAACUGGCAUAGCCAAAAAUCUGUUUGUACGUAGAUAUCGUUCCUUCCCAGUGGUAGUCGGUGAACAGAUUCUGUUCUACAUUCCAGAGGUUUGUAAGAGAGCUGGUGUCCCUGUAUCCAACACACUUCAUCUCUGAAGCCUGGGCUGUUGGUCUGACUUGGAAUAAGGACACAUUCAUUCCAAAGUGUGUGAUCCCCACUGCCAUAAAUAUCUUUGUUUUACGUUGUUUUUUGUUUGUUUGUUUGUUUUUGUAUUUAAAUUGGUGUUUUGCUUUGUUUUAAUGAAAGGAUCACUGUGAUUAUGUUGUCUAUUUUAAUUCAAGUGACUUUCCGUACCCUAUGGGGUUAAUUAUUUCCCCUGGUUUAAAAAAAAAAAAAAAAGAUGACUGAAAAUUGCAUGCAGUUUCCUAGACUGAAUUUUAUUCAGACAGAUGAGUGUCUUGGUAUUGCUACCAACUGCUGCUAACUUCCAGUGUGUUUGGGGGGUCUUAUAUGUUAAACCUAAAAUGCGACAUUCGAAAAGCAGACUUCUUACUUGAAUUUGUGUAUAGUUUGAAGAAUCCAGAUUUUAAUAUUCAGGGAGAAAUAUAUAGCACAUAGGUGCUUUAUAUCUAACUGGAAAAUCUGAAAGCACUUCAGUUAAUUAAAUUUCCUCCACAUCCCUGUGGGCAAGGUAAAAUGCGUAAUAUCCAAGGUUUACAUCACUUUCCAGAAAAUGUAGUUGCCUAAGGUAUUUAAGAGUUGCAUUUAUUUAUUAAAUCAGUAUCCAGACCCAUCUGUGUUACGUUUGAAGAACUCGUACCCCUGAAAUGCCAGGAAUUGGUGGUGGUUGCAGGAAUUAAAUGGUAAGGGUGAUUAUUCCCAAAGUUAAAUUUCACAGUGUAACAGAGCACGAAUUUAUGGACUGAAUGUCUGUCAAUGAGGCCUUGUAACCAUUUGAGGAUCUUGGGGCUCCUUGUUCUUCUGGAAUAUUAGCUGUCAAGUAGUCACAGCCCUGCUUCACCUUGCCCGCAAUUCCCCUUAGUGCCAUGUGUCUCUAAGGAUUCAGUUUCACCACACAGGGUGAGCAGAAAUAGCAGCUUACUGUCACUGAAAAGGGAAAAUACACGUCCCUCAUCUCAGCCCUCUCUUUCUAGCUCUGUGGUUUUGCUUCUUACCAUCUACUGCUGUUAGCAUUUGUUGGAUUCCUCUGCAAGCCAGUUUAGCUCACAAAAGCAAUAAGGGGAAAAAAAAAAAAAAAAAGUAGUUCUUUUGACUACAUAGGUAGCUAGUAGUAAAUAGUAUGACGCAAUAAGAGCAAAGCCAUGAACCCAUGAUGCCAGGUACUGGAUCCCCACUCUGCAUGCAUCAGGGUGUUUCCGACUCUCUGUAGUCCUAUCCUGUAGACUGAAUGCCCUUUAGUUGGACAUUCGGAUUGGAGUGUAUUAAGAUACUUAAUAUGCUUCUGGAACAUCUUUCAGUUGAGUUUUAUCAGAAACUCUGGCUUGUGGGCUUUCAGACUGCUCCAUGAUGCCAACCAAGUGUGGUAAGCGGGGACAGUUACGCAAUUAGUUUCCAAAGCAUACCCCUAUCCUCAGCUGAAACAGAGACAUGGCCUUAGUGAAUUGAAUCAGCUCUGCAGGGGAAGGGUGCAAAUGGCAAGCUAAGAGAGUAGGGGAUGACCUGCUGUCCCUUGGCAGAAGGGAGCUGGAUGACAGCUGACAUACUUUCCAAAUCUGAGUUCCUAGUGUCCAUCUUCUGAACUACUUGAUGCCAGCUCUGGUUCACUUAAAAAAGCUGACAGGUUUACAGAUGAAAACUGCAUGCCGUGCAAAGUGGGAAGACUUUAAUUAAAAGUUCAAGUUGUCUUGCCAGCUGCAGAGUAAAAGUGUCCAUUCAGGAAAAUGGUGCAGGUGAGCAGGGAUUCCUGAACUGUAAACAAGUGAUUACGUUGUAUUCAUAGACUGGGGCAAGUUUUGGGCACGCAUGUUGUUAGCUGUGUUUGAUCUGAUCAUGCCUACACAUAAAAAUCAGUCCUGAAAGAAUACUUGCUGCACUGCGCUUUUUGAAAACUGCAGUUUGUGACUCUCAAGUAAAGUGAUACCAGUGUAGAAUAAGCUCCCAAAUGGAAAUCCAUGGCCAAAAGUUUAAACAAAUAGUAUUGUAAGCACUGGAGCUGACGGAGCACACCACAUUUUAUUUUCUGUCUUGGAGUUGAUAGCUAUGUCUUUGUAACGGGUGACUGAAGCCUUUCAGAAAGAUGGACAAUAGCUUUCCUGUAUGCAGGUUCUCUCAUUAUUAGAAAUACACAGGUAUUCUGAGUAAAGAUAAAACAGUCUCCUUUCUCUUUUCUGCCAGUUUUCUUAAAAGGUGUAGAACAUAAACAUUUUUGAUGGGACCUGCUCCUCUGUCCUGUGGUUUGAAUGGGCCAACACUCUCUCUACACAAGGCAUGAUUACAUUAGCCUUGUUACCAUAAGGAGCCAGAUAAGAACAGGGAGUCAGUAUUAAGCUCCCAAAACUAUGAGGAGGUGAACCAGAUGCAAGGAAAAAAGGCACAGUAAAUCUUUGCAGCACGCACCUUUCUCAUACCUGCCUCAUCAGUGGAGGUCCCAAGCCUUUUCAAAGACUCCAUUUGUAGUUGAUGGGAUGAGAUGAGCACUGCAGAACUGAACUGGGAUUCUGCACAGCCUAUGUCGUGGCCUGAGAGGCACUAAAGGAGCAUAGGACUCAGUCGUGUACCUUGCUACCUAAGCUCUUUCAUGGAUCAGGUUCUAAAUUAAUUGGCAAAUUUUUCUUUUUAGACUCCUAUCUAAGAAAUUUGGAAACUUAACUGGGAGAUGGGAAAAUAACUUGUUUUGGGAGAAAAUGUUUACUAGUUAAGAUUUGCAGUAGCCAAUUUUCCAUUGGAAUUUAGUUUGCAGUGCUAGAUGUUUCAUGUUUUAAUCUUCUUGCAGGCAUGCUCCCGUAACUGCAUUUUGGAGCUAAAAUAUUUUUGCUUUUUUUGUUAAUAGCUUAAAGAUGGAUUCUCCCAAAGAACCUGCGCCUACAGGAGAGUUCAAGUGUCAGCUAUGUGGCUUAACAGCUCCAUACACAUACUAUGGGCAGAAGCCACCCAACACACACUCUAUUGUGAUUUUGGAAGACAGUUAUGUCAUGAAGGACCCUUUCACCCCCGACAAAGAGAAAUUCCUCAUCCUUGGGUCUCUGUGCUGUUUGUGUAGAAGAAGUGUGUGUGUUGGUGCAGAAUGUAGUCUGUUCUACACUAAAAGGUUCUGCCUCCCCUGUGUGAAUGAAAACUUACAGGCUUUUCCUUUGGAAAUACAAGAAGAUAUGGAAAAAAGGAAGCCCCAGUCAAAGUCUAAGAAAAAAAUGGAUUCAAAAACAUAAAUACUGAAAGACCAAGAGAGAGAGACAGUUCUUCGGCUGAGCUUUCUCCUCUCUCCUUUUUAAGACUAUCAUGUUGCUCCUUUUGAAGUAGUGACCUUCAUUAACUCUCUGCUACAGAACACAGCUACACGUUUCCCACUGGCUUGGCUUCAAGCAUCACCAUGCAGCAAUUGCAGCACCAGCAGAAUGGCCUUAGGGUGCUGGAAAAGCAGAAGGAAUGUCAGAAAGGCCUGUUUGUUGCCUUAUCAAAUGCAUGUAGUAAAAAACUGAACAGCGUUAAAGCAUAGGAACUAUAUCCCAGUUUCCCAUUUGCUGUUUUAAUGUUUUGUAUGGCUCUUAAUAAUCCUACAGUGUUACGAAAAAUCUGAGAGAUUUAUCUGACUUAAUUCGCUCUACGUCCAAGAAUGUAAGCAGCAAUUGUGAACCUGCCAUUGUUAGCUUGGUAAGAUUACAGUGAGGAAGGAAGUCAGAGCUUUAUUUUUAAGUCCAAAAUGAUAGUGGUGGGACAAAACGUCAUAGAUAGCCACAGAAAUAUCUAAAUUCAAAAUUCCUGUAUCAGUACUAUCACAGAAAGUACAUGCUUUUAUAAUGGCAACAUUUACAUUUUUUAAAAUAAUAAUUUUUAGAAGGAUACAAAUCUGCAGUCACUUUGCACUCAGCUUUCCAGUCCGUCUCUGCACAGUGAUGGAAGAGGUUACUUUGUCUAGUUUAAUAUGGAAAUCCAGCUACUGAAGUCAAUUAUUUUCUGAAGCGGGCAGUUGAACAAUCAGGAUUUGAGAAACAUGGUUUUAGUAAAAAAUAUAUAUAUAAAAAAUUGCUAGGAGAAAAAGCAAUUUCUUUAGUCUCUAUAUUGGCAUCAUGAAUGUCUGUGCCUUGACUUUGCCAUAAUUACGAGGAAGAUUUAUAUGCUAAUAUAGUCAAUCAGUCACACACCUUGAGGAUAUGUCCAGAGUGCUCCAUAAGCUCCGCAUUCAUGCUUUUAUUUUAUUGUAAAAAAUAUUUUAUUUUUUUUUAUUCAUGCUUUUUUGGUCACUGGUUCAGAACCAGUAUCAAUGCCUCGGUUAUCAUUGCUCCUUUUCUCUACUCUUUCAGCUUUAUCAUUUGUUUUAUACUUACGCAAUCCUUUUAGGAGGAUCAGCCAUGUAUCUGCUAGAAGAAAUCAACAUAAUUUUGAUGAGUUAUUUUAUGUUAUUUAAGACUUUCUAAUGUCCUGGAAUCUUUCACUGUGUUUUUUACUGAACCUCAUGUAUUGGUUUCUGCUGUUGGAGAGUAGAAUUUCUUGCAGUUAUUAGAGGAGCAAUCAUGGAUAUAUUGCAACCUUUUUCAAGCUCUACUUGCACUUGAGUAUGAAAUGCAUAGAUCUCUUUAAUUGCCUAAAAAAAUACUUGUUAGAACUCAACAUUUCAGAUUCCCUUCUGCAGUAGUAAGAGGUUACUCUUUCAAAUAAAGUGAUGUGCAUCUUGCUUAAAA